UAGAAAUAGUUAGUUUUCCCAGGGUGGAAAACAUUUCCUUUUCUUUGAAAGGAAAAUCACAUUUCCCUCUCCAAUCUUGGAGAAUGAUCUCCUCCCAAUAGUCCCUACCAAAAACAGAAGCUGUUGUGUCAGACCGCCUGACCGGUCAGACCUGAUGCUGACGUCAUCAAAAUAUCCACCCCCACCCACGCGCAUCUUGUCACGCGCCCACCCAUUUUACCGACAUUUCUCCUUCCGUCUCUCCUUAGACCUCUUUCUCUCUCCUCCAAAAUCUCUGCCCCUCUUUCUCUCCUCCAAACCUCUCUGCCUCUCUCUCCUCCAAAACUCAACCACCUUCUUGCCGCCGUCUCCGUCCCCUCGUCGCAAGAUAUUGAGCGGCAAAGGAAGGAGCAGAGGCGGCGUUGUGCCUCAUCGCAAGCUUGCCGUCGUCGUCAUUGGAGUUGUUGAAGUUGAAAAAAUGGUGCAAGGUGGAGUUAUACGCUGCUCCAGUUAUGGACAUUGGGUGGAGCAAAUUAGCAGAAAGAUGUUUGAGGAGAGAGAAAUUGAGCUGUUGGGUUAUUUUCUGUCGGAGGUUGUGUUGCUCCGUCUCUUCGUUUUAUCUCCGGCGACUUUAGAGUUUAGUUAACUAUUAAAUAACUAUGUACUGUGUAAUAAUUUUGGUUAGAUUCGUUUUAGUUAAGUUUAAUUUUGUUUUAGUUAAGAACUAUUUUAUUUUAGUUAUGAUGCAUUUAGUUUAAGAAUAA